GUUUGAUAAAAAAUAUUUUUUUCAAAUUAUUUUUUUUGUUGACCGUGUCGACUGUCGAAAAAAGGCAAGAAUAAUUUGUUUCUUCGUCUUAAGAUAAUUAUUUCAAGAGUUAUAUUUUUCUGCUAAAAUAGAGACUACUAGAAAUUUCAUACUUUGACCGUCUGCUCCUGUGAAAUCUUGAAAAUGGAGAAGAAAAAAAUCCCCAAAGUUGCUAAAGUAAAAAAUAAAGCACCGGCAGAAAUUCAAAUCACUGCUGAGCAACUUCUCCGUGAAGCGAAAGAACGUGAUUUAGAAAUUGUUCCUCCGCCACCCAAACAAAAAAUCUCUGACCCCGAAGAAUUAGCUGAUUAUCAAAGAAGAAAGCGCCGAACAUUUGAAGACAAUAUCAGAAAGAAUAGAGGAAAUAUAAGUAACUGGUUAAAAUACGCAAAAUGGGAAGAAAGUCAGAAAGAAAUUCAAAGGGCAAGAUCUAUUUACGAACGAGCUUUAGAUGUAGACCAUCGAAACAUAAAUUUAUGGUUCAAAUAUUCCGAAAUGGAAAUGAACAAUCGUCAAGUAAACCAUGCGAGAAAUAUAUACGAUCGCGCUGUAACUAUCUUACCCAGAGCUAAUCAAAUAUGGUACAAGUAUACGUACAUGGAAGAGAUUCUCGGAAAUAUAGCUGGAGCACGUCAAGUUUUUGACCGGUGGAUGCAGUGGAGACCUGAUGAGCAAGCUUGGAUGACAUACGUGAAUUUUGAAUUACGAUAUAAGGAGAUAGAUAGAGCUCGAGAAAUAUAUAAUACCUUUGUUGUCAUUCAUCCGGCGGUUAAAAACUGGAUUAAAUAUGCAAGGUUUGAGGAAAAUCAUGGCUUUAUCAGAGGAGCUAGAGAGGUUUACGAUCGGGCGUAUCAGUUUUUUGGUGAAGAUCACAUGGACGAAGAAUUUUACAUAGCGUUUGCUAAAUUUGAAGAACGGCAUAAAGAGUAUGAAAGAGCUCGUGUUAUUUAUAAAUACGCGUUAGACCGUAUACCUAAAGAAAAGGCUCAAAAUUUGUACAACGCUUAUUCUAUAUAUGAAAAGAAAUUUGGCGAUAAACGUACAAUCGAAAACGUCAUUAGUGGGAAAAGAAAAUUCCAAUAUGAACAAGAAAUUCAAGCAAAUCCUAUGAAUUAUGAUGCUUGGUUUGACUACCUGGAAAUAGUAGAAAGUGAAAGUAAUUUUGAAGUAAUUCGUGAUAGUUAUGAAAGAGCAAUAGCAAAUGUGCCUCCGGUGAAGGAGAAACAGUUUUGGAGAAGGUAUAUUUAUUUAUGGAUCAACUACGCCAUUUUUGAGGAACUGACUGCAAAAGAUGUAGAGAGAACUCGACAAGUGUAUUUAGCUUGUCUAGAAAUAAUUCCACACAAAAAAUUCACUUUCGCUAAAAUGUGGCUUUACUACGCAACCUUCGAAAUUCGUCAAAAGAAGUUACCAGCUGCAAGAAAAGCAUUGGGCAAAGCUAUUGGAAUGUGCCCGAAAGAUAAGUUAUUCAAAGGAUACAUCGAAUUAGAAUUGCAAUUACAAGCAGUAAACAGAUGCAGGAAGCUGUACGAGAAAUUUUUGGAAUUUAAUCCAGAAAAUUGUUCCACUUGGGUUCAGUUUGCCGAACUUGAAACCUACUUGGACGAAAUUGACCGCGCCAGAGUAAUUUAUGAAGAAGCAGUGAAACAAUCGCAACUGGAUAUGCCCGAUCUGCUAUGGAAAUCAUUCAUUGAUUUUGAAAUCAGUCAAAAUGAAUUAGAAAAUGCAAGAAGAUUAUACGAAAGAUUACUUGAGAAGACUGCUCAUUUUAAGGUGUGGAUGAGCUAUAUUCAAUUUGAAAUCACUAACAGCAGCGAAGGUGAUUCGAAAGAAUUAGCUCGCAAAGUAUUUGAAAGAGCUAAUAAUUCUUUGAAAAACGUUGGCGAAAAAGAAGAAAGAGCGAAAUUAUUGCAGGCGUGGAAAUUAUUCGAAAAGGAACACGGAGACGAAGAAACUCUCGAAAGAGUAAAUAAAAUUAUGCCGAAGAGGGUCAAAAAACGUGUGCAUUUCGUAUCUGAUGACGGAAAGGAAGAAGGUUGGGAAGAAAAACUUGUUUUCGUCUUCCCUGAAGAUGAAACCUCGAAACAAAAUAUGAAAAUAUUGGCACAGUCCAAGUCAUGGGCGAAACAAGUCGACGAUUUUGAUUUUUAAGAUUAAUUUUUUCAAAGUAACUUCUGUCUCUUUUGUAUAAUAUGUAAAAUAAAUCAUUUUUUUUGUA